AGCUCAUCACAUGAUUCUUCUCUUGUGACAAUCCAGACAGAAAGGAAAAGCCUUACUGAGUUCAGCUGAGUUACAAAGCGCUGGGAUGACAGAAUACUGUUGUAUUGGUGCCAAAGGACCAACUACAAGGAGGGAUAUGGAGUUAAGUUAACCAUUACCAGACCAUUCCUGUCUUUUAAGCGGACAUUUGGUAAAUAUUUGGGGUUGUUGCGCCACCAGGGACAAAGUUGGCGCAUGGAGAGGGACGAAGUUUCAUUUUUGCGCAGCGUCUUUUGUUUGUUUUUUGUCGCCACUGCGUGUCAACCAACGUCGCACAGCUUUUCGGACAAAAGAAGCCAAAUAACAGGAGUACAGUUUUGACCCUUUUUUUUGUUGCUGAAGAUUUAAGCUAAGAACAGAGAACGAGACAACUUGAGGACGCAUCGAGUCGGGUGAGAUGGUGGACAGCAAACCUCUUCUCCAGGACAGACCUCCCGCCUACAACUCUGUCCCAGGGGCUUAUGAGUACGGCCCGCAGCAGCAGCAGCAGCAGCAGCAGCAGGGCUAUGGGGCCAUCCCCCCGCCGGCCCCGCCGCCCUACCAGUACCCCGAUGGCCAAGGAUACCCACCAGCCCAAAUGGGCCCUGCCAUAGCCCAGCAGCCCUACACGGGGACUUACACCAUCAUACAACCGUCGGUAGUAGUGGUGGGAGGCUGCCCUGCCUGCAGAGUUGGUGUCCUGGAGGAUGACUUCACUUGCCUGGGGAUCAUGUGUGCCAUCUUCUUCUUCCCCCUGGGUCUCCUCUUCUGCUUUGCACUGCGUCAGAGAAGGUGUCCCAACUGUGGCGCCACUUUUGGCUAGAGGGACCAAACCACAGCUCAUGCUCCCUCGCACGCACACACACACACGCAAACAGACACACACACACAGACACACACACAAUCCAGCAUUUCUGUCUUUCAUUUUGUUGUCUUUUCUUAAUAUUGCACAAUGCUGUUCCCAUUAUGUUAUGUACAACAAAUGAUCAAGAUACCACAAUUUUUGUUUUAUUAGAGGCACAUGUAGGAGUCUAUUUGCGUCUGCUAGUUGAGGAUAUAUUCUAGCAAAUGUGUCAUCAGUGCCUUCACUAAAUGCUGAGUGAUCAUCAGAGAUUCCAUCAGUCAUGAUUUCUCAUGUAGAUUUAGCUCAGUUAUCUAAUGAUCUGAGCAUAUUCCUUUUGUUUUUUCAAGCCAGAAUUAACUGAGACACAUGCUCUGGGUUUUCUUUCUUUUUGUCUUUGCUGGCCAACUGCAUACAUAUUUUUAUGCUUUUUAAUAUUGUACUCAACACAGCAUCCAUAUAGAUCACUGAUGUAAUAGCCUUUUCCAGAAAUGUUAAACAUUUUAUUUGUUUUUAGUUUUUUUUGUCACAGAGAAUAACAGAAACAUCUUUAAAAAAGAAAAAGACGUGUAAAGAUUUUUGGACGUGAACUGUCCCGGCUGAAACAAUGGACUUGUCUCAGGCAGAAAGCCUGCUCCAUUUUUUCUUUUUGUUGAUAUAAUUUCUCGGGGCCAUAUUUGCACUGACAGUUUGUUUGAUUAUUCUGCUGGGUUGUGUUUUUCCAGGGCCAAUGCAGACCUCAGGUACAUACAAUCUGAAACGCCCUUGACUUUACAACCUCAAUCACUGUUCGGACUUCUUCAAGAGGACUCUUAUGUCAAAGCGCAGACUCCUUUUAUUGUGAGGAGUUUCACUUUGGGAAAGCAUGCUGAGGAAGCUGAAGAAAUCUUUCAAUUAUGUGUAUAAUCUCUGGAUUUUUAUCUUAGUACUCUGUGACAAGUUACCCUGCCCCAUUCCUCCCAAACCAGACAAUCAACCGAGAAUGUCUAUGUCCCUGCAUCUGCAGUAUCUCUGUGUCUACGUCUUCCAUCGUAGCAAGAUGUUGUAUAACUGUCCACGGCAGAAGAAAAAGAGAAGUGGGCGGGAGUGAUUCCAAAAAAUAUAUAUCUUCUUGCUUUUGAAAACACACUACGCACGCUCUUAUGAUUGAGGUUCUUACUUUUUACAUAUGAGUUACUGUAAUUAAAAAUGAAUGCUACUUAUGG